GGGAGGGGCGGAAGGUUCUGGAGGGCUGGCGGGAUCUGGAAGCUUCCGCCGGACGGGUAUAUAGAGUCCGGGACAGGGCAGCUGCGGAGCCGGAGGCGGCGACAGCUGGGCGGCGGUGGCCAUGGGCAAGGACUAUUACCAGACGCUGGGCUUGGCCCGCGGCGCGUCCGACGACGAGAUCAAGCGAGCCUACCGCCGCCAGGCGCUGCGCUACCACCCCGACAAGAACAAGGAGCCCGGCGCCGAGGAGAAGUUCAAGGAGAUCGCCGAGGCCUACGACGUGCUCAGCGACCCGCGCAAGCGCGAGAUUUUCGACCGCUACGGAGAAGAAGGCCUAAAGGGUGGCGGCCCCAGUGGCGGUAGCAGUGGCGGUGCUAAUGGUACCUCCUUCAGCUACACAUUCCAUGGAGACCCUCAUGCCAUGUUUGCUGAGUUCUUCGGUGGCAGAAACCCCUUUGAUACCUUUUUUGGGCAGCGCAAUGGGGAAGAGGGCAUGGACAUCGAUGACCCAUUCUCUGGCUUUCCAAUGGGUAUGGGUGGCUUCACCAAUGUGAACUUUGGACGUGCCCGCCCUUCCCAAGAGCCCACCCGAAAGAAGCAAGAUCCCCCAGUCACCCACGAUCUCCGGGUCUCCCUUGAAGAGAUCUACAGCGGCUGUACCAAGAAAAUGAAAAUCUCCCACAAGCGACUGAACCCUGAUGGAAAGAGCAUUCGAAAUGAAGAUAAGAUCCUGACCAUUGAAGUGAAGCGGGGCUGGAAAGAAGGGACCAAAAUCACCUUUCCCAAGGAAGGGGACCAGACUUCCAACAACAUUCCAGCUGACAUCGUCUUUGUUUUAAAGGACAAGCCACACAAUAUCUUCAAGAGAGAUGGUUCUGAUGUCAUCUAUCCAGCCAGGAUCAGCCUUCGGGAGGCUCUCUGUGGUUGCACUGUAAAUGUCCCCACUCUGGACGGCAGGACCAUCCCUGUUGUAUUCAAAGAUGUCAUCAGGCCCGGCAUGCGGCGGAAAGUUCCUGGAGAAGGCCUCCCUCUCCCCAAAACCCCUGAGAAACGUGGGGACCUUGUUAUCGAAUUUGAAGUCGUCUUCCCUGAUAGGAUUCCCAUAACAUCCAGAACCGUCCUGGAGCAGAUUCUUCCCAUAUAGACACCUGCAUUCUCCAAGGACUGAGCCAGGGACUUUUCCAGAGCUGCAGAUUUCCGGACCGUUCACUGGUUGCAUACUGCGGGAGGGCCCAGGGAGGGCUUUUGCUCUGCCGAAUGUUUUCCACAGAAUAUAUUACAAUCUUUCAAAGUCGUGCACUAGACUACAGUGAUUUUUUGAGUGAUAGGCAGGCGGUGGGAACAGCAGCCCUCCUGGAAUGGACCCACCCUCUGCACCCCAGCUCCUGCCCAAGGGUGUGAGGCAGGCCUGCAACUGGACUCGCCCCUGUUGCUGUCCUUUAGUUUCUGGCUGUGUGUGGCAGUGAGCACCAUCUCAGUUGCCAGACCUUGUGCACUAGUCAGUCUCCACUGUGUGAGAGGUUCUUGUUUUAUUCUGUAUUUGUCCCAUGCCUUGUUCCUCCUCCCCAGAAGAAUCCUGUCCUGUCUUGGCCAUCUCAAAUUGAGACCAGUUCAGUAGGACUUCCAGGCCAGCAUCACAAGCAAUACCUGGUUAUGGGACCACAUGGCCAGCCUCAGGUGAGCAAGUCUCACUGCCACCUCCCUCCAGGUUUGGGACCUGGACAGUCAGGAGAUUCCCCUGAACCUCUGGCUCUGUUGAAAUCAGGUGGCUGACUUAUGGUCACAGUAUUUGUUGGUCCAGAGGUAGUCCUUAGCCAUAGCUGGGACUUCUCAAAGGCCUGGGUGAUUUUUUUUUCUUUUUUUUUUUUUUCUUUUUUUCUUUUUUUUUCCCCCCCUUUGGUGUGUGUAAUAGACUCUGAACUUUGUCAAAAGGAUAUAAUCCUUUUGAAUUUUGCACAGCCCUAGAUAUAAUCCCUUUAUAUAAAAGGGUCUUUGCUUCUGAUGAAAGGAGCCCUGUGGAACGUCUGUAAAUAUGUUUUUAUAAUUCCAUUCAAAGCUGGUGUAUGCCCAGAUGGAAGCAGGGCUGUGAUGGAGUCAGACCUUGGGAGUGAAGGGGUCUGUUCUUUGAAGCUAGCCCGGUGCUCUGACAUUCGACUCAUUGUAAGUUGCCACUACCAACACGAGACCAAAGUGUGUGACUUGUCAUUCUGCAGUGUGACAGCAUUAAAGACUGAUGGCAAACCUCA